AUGUCGUACGACUACAUCAGAGACUCGCAGAAGCGAAAGCGAAGCCACGGCUCGAAGAAGCCAUACAAUCCUGCCAUGAUGUCCGGGGCCCUCCCAUCACCAGAGGCGGAACCGGAAGAUGUCGAGGAAGAGGCGCAAUCCCGAAAGAAGGUCAAGAAAGAGCACAAGAAGAAGCGCAAGAGCAGCGAGGGUGUCAAUGGAGACGUGAAGAAUGGCGAAGACUCUGUAUCUGCGCCUCCAGUCAAGUCGCCAAAGCAGCCUGUGGCGAACGGUGAGCCGUCGCAAGAUGGAGGACCUUCGAAGAAAAAGGCCAAGAAGGAAAAGAAAGAAAAGAAAGAAAAGAAAAAGCAAAAGUCUCAAGCCGAGGAGCUUGAUGCGCAGGUUGAGCACGACGAGGAAACUGGUGCAGAGGAACAGGUCAAUAAAGAGCUGAAGGAAGCGGCCGCAGAAGCUGAUGCUGCGGAAGUCGAAGACGAUUUCGCUGGGUUUGAAUCAGAAGAGGAGAGCCAGGAGAAGGCUGAUAAUGCGGAGAGGUCGAGUGAUAAGGAUGAUGACGAGGAGCAAGACGAAGACGAGACCGAAGCACCUGCGACGAACGGAGAUCUUGGAGUUCCGUCAGACCUUCCAUCCGCACUGGGCGUGUCGCUACCCAAUACCAAAUCGGAGCCUCAAAAGUUUACAGAACUGAAUUUGUCUGAACGAACGAUGAAGGCUAUCCAGGACAUGCCAUUCGAUACCAUGACUGAGAUUCAACGCCGAGGCAUUCCUCCGUUACUUGCUGGUCGAGAUGUCCUUGGUGCUGCCAAGACUGGAUCCGGAAAGACUUUGGCUUUCCUGAUCCCUGCCGUGGAAAUGCUACACUCGCUGCGAUUCAAGCCUCGCAACGGUACCGGUGUGAUCGUGGUGUCUCCAACUCGCGAAUUGGCAUUGCAGAUCUUUGGUGUUGCUCGCGAGUUGAUGGUACAUCACACGCAAACCUUUGGUAUCGUCAUCGGAGGAGCCAACCGACGAGCAGAGGCCGAGAAGCUUGCAAAGGGCGUCAACCUGCUUAUUGCUACUCCCGGGCGACUCCUUGAUCACCUUCAGAAUACCCAGGGAUUUGUGUUCAAGAAUGUCAAGGCUCUCGUAAUUGACGAGGCUGAUCGUAUCUUGGAAGUAGGAUUCGAGGACGAAAUGCGACAGAUUGUCAAGAUCCUGCCCAAAGAAGACCGCCAGACCAUGCUCUUCUCUGCUACGCAAACUACCAAAGUUGAGGAUCUUGCGCGAAUAUCACUUCGCGCUGGCCCUCUGUACAUCAACGUCGACCACGAAGAGGAGCAUAGUACCGUUGCUGGUCUCGAGCAGGGUUAUGUCAUCUGUGAGGCAGACAUGCGAUUCCGCAUGUUGUUCACGUUCUUGAAGCGACACCCACAGAAGAAGAUCAUCGUCUUCUUCAGCAGCUGUAAUUGCGUCAAGUAUUACUCUGAGCUGCUGAACUACAUUGAUCUACCUGUCCUGGACCUCCACGGCAAGCAAAAGCAGCAGAAGCGAACGAAUACGUUCUUCGAGUUCUGCAACGCCAAGCGUGGUACUCUGAUCUGUACUGACGUGGCUGCUCGAGGUCUUGAUAUCCCAGCAGUGGACUGGAUUGUGCAAUUCGAUCCUCCUGAUGACCCAAGGGACUACAUCCACCGCGUUGGACGUACAGCACGAGGCGCCAACGCAAAGGGCAAGAGUUUGAUGUUCCUUCAGCCUAGUGAGGUUGGUUUCCUCAACCAUCUCAAGGAGGCCAAGGUGCCGCUGGUCGAGUUUGAGAUUCCGCCCAAGAAGAUCAUGGACAUCCAGAGCCAACUGGAGAUGUUGAUCGGCAAGAACUACUAUCUCAACAAGUCCGCAAAGGAUGGCUACCGAUCAUACCUCCAAGCCUACGCUUCGCACUCUCUUCGAUCCGUCUUCAACAUCCACAACCUCGAUCUCAAGAAGGUCGCCAAAGGGUUUGGAUUCUCAGUGCCGCCAAAGGUCGAUAUCAACCUCGGUGCGAGCAUGAAGAAGCCGGAUAACGCUCGCCGAGCGUAUGGCAGUCAACCGAAGCAGAAGUUUCACCAGCGUCGAUGA